AUGGAUUCUGAGAGUUUCGUAAGUGAAGAUACGCUUUUAGGAGUUCAGAACUCACGAGGAGGCCCAGCCACUGCUGCUUAUACUUGUUCAUAUUCAUUUGAUGAUUGGUCAUCAUGGUCUAAUUGGAGUGAAUGUUAUCCAUCUUGUGAUGUUAUUGGUUCGACACAAACUCGUCGUCGUACCUGUUUAGGUAGUCAAUGUUUUGGUAAAGAUAUCGAAAAACGUGAAUGUUUAUCUUGUUCUACACAAUUAAAAAGCAAUUGGUCUUGUUGGACAGAUUGGUCUGAAUGUUCAUCAUGUACAUCACCUCAAUCCUAUUCAACUAAAUUUCGUACUCGUAUAUGUCUUACAAAUUCAUGUGAAGGUUUAUCAUAUGAAGAAACUUCAUGUUUAUGUCCAUCAUUAUUACAAUUUUUUAAUGAAUAUCGUUUUACGUUUCUUCAUGUUAUUUUAAUUAGUUUAAUAUCAUUUUUAUUUGGUUGUUUAUUAAUACUUUGUAUAUAUGCAUUAUGUUGUCAUCGUUUUCGACAUAAAGAAAAUUUUCGUUCAAGAGAUGAACAAGAUUAUUUUCAAGGUUCAACAUCAAAUUCUUCAUCUAGUCCACAUACAGCAAUUGAUUCAGAUACAUUUACAACAUUAUCAAAUACAAAUAAUAAUCAAAAUAAAUUUCGAAAUUUUGAUUCAUCAUCAUUAUCAAAAACAACUGCUAACAGUUAUUUUAAAGAUAUUCCAUCAAAAAAAUUUAAUAUGUAUAUUAAUCCAAGAGAUAUACCUCCAUUACCACCAUUAGCAACGUUAAAAAGAACAUCAUUAAUGUCAUCAAUGAAAACAAAUCUUGAUGCUGAUGAUAUUUAG